GUGUGUGUCUCUGUGUGUGUGUGUGUGUGUGUGUGUGUGUGUCACAUUUUGUGUUCACUUUAAAAGGCGGAUGGACGACACCUCUGGUCUCAGCAGUCCGGCUCAUCCUCCGACACUCGACCUCCGACCUCCGACAUCCCGCUCUGUCAGGGACAGAAGACACCGAGAGGAGAUUCCAGUCAGAAUGACUGAGCAGUACGACUGCACAGAGUGCAAGGAGUCCCUGUUUGGGAAAAAGUACAUCCUGAAGGAGAACAGCCCGUACUGCGUCAAAUGCUACGAUGAUCUGUUCUCCAGCAACUGUCACGUGUGCCAGAAGCUCAUCAGCUCCACCAGCAAGGAUCUGUCGUACAAGGACCGCCACUGGCACAGCGAGUGCUUCCUGUGCAGUACGUGCAGCCGGUCUCUGGUGGAUCGGCCCUUCGCCACCAAGGACGACGUGCUGAUGUGCAUCGAGUGCUACAGCAGCGAGUACUCUUCCAAGUGCCACUCAUGUCUGAAGACCAUCAUGCCGGGCUCCAGAAAGAUGGAGCAUAAGGGCAACAGCUGGCACACAACCUGUUUCACAUGCAACCGCUGCCAGCAGCCCAUAGGCACCCGGAGCUUCACCCAGAAGGACACCAACAACUACUGCAUGCCCUGCUACGAGAAGCAGUUUGCCCUGCAGUGCGUCACUUGCAAGAAGCCCAUCACCACCGUAGGAGUGAACUACCGUGACCAGCCCUGGCAUAAGGAGUGCUUUGUCUGCAUCGGCUGCAAGCAGCAGCUGGCCGGUCAGCGCUUCACCUCUCGGGACGACUUCACCUACUGCCUUGACUGCUUCUGCAACCUGUUUGCCAAGAAAUGUGCUAACUGCACCACCCCAAUCAGCGGUGUGGGGGGCAGCAAGUACAUCUCGUUUGAGCAGCGGCAGUGGCACAUCGACUGCUUCAACUGCAAAGGUUGCUGCACGUCUCUGGUGGGUCGGGGUUUCCUGACGUGCAAAGACGACCUCCUCUGCCCCGAAUGCGUCAGAGACUUCUGAGUGAUCCCCGAGCUGGAAAAAAAGAGUUAGUCUGCCAAUCAGAGAGCGCCUACAAUGUUCUUCCUAACAUUUCAUGUGUUGGUCCCUUACACAUUAACCUGUUCUUACCGUUAUAAGGUGUUUUGUGCAGUAGCUGAUGAUACUGCGUUUAGAUGUAAAUGAGUGGAAGCCUUCGUUCCAAAAUGUGCUUACUGAAUGUCUUGCUGUUUCUUAGAAAACAUUCCCAUUUGGAAAGCAUUGUCCUAAAAUCCUCCAUAAAUACUUUGUUAAUCUCCUUUGGGAAAUAUAACCUCUGCGUGUCUGGCAGCAAAAUAACAUUUGU